UAAAUAAAUUUAUGUAAAAAAAAUUCCACAUAAUUGUACAUUAUCUAUUACAUAUGUGAAAAAAAUGGCCUUGUUAAAACAUUCAUCUCACGUGUUCAGUGUAAUUUAAAGCCUGGCUUUUAUAGAGGCGCACCAGGGUAAGGGUAAGAGAAAAUGAAUUCUUUAGGGAAAAAAAGUCUAAACGUGUAAGUAACAUUUUAAAUGCUGAGAAAAGUCUACAUGUUAAAUCAAAUAGGAUCAAGAUGUUUAGAAAAUGUCAAAAUUCUGAAAGAAAAGUUGGAAUAUUUAGGGGGGAAAGGAAAUAUUGAGGGAGGAAAGUAGAGACAUCCAAAAUGUUGGAAAAAGGGCAGUAUGUUGUGGGGAAAAGGCAAAAUGUUGAGAGAAAGAAAAAAUGUCAGAAAAAAGGUCAAAUUGUCGAGGAAAAAAAUGAAAUAAAAGAAAUAAACUAUAUUGUAUACAAUUAUCAUAGCCGACAAUUUAGGUAGGCUGCGUCGUCAUUUCAUGGUGAAAACACUCUUUCUCUUCAAUUCUUCCUACUCUGUAGGCCUCCGUAGACUUUGUAAGUAGUGAGUAAAUUAUUCUUUUUCUGUUUAAUGUCUACUACACAUUCUUAAAUGACAGCAUUGGCUACAUGAUAACAAAAACCAACUUUGUGCCCCCACCACUACCUCUGGCUCUGUGAAAUGUAGAGGGCAGAUAGCAGCAGUCAGUCUGAUGACUGGGAGGCGCCUGCCCUCUCAUUAACCCCCUUGUGAUUCCUCCACACCUCUUUGUUUACACCUCCAGGCCGGUCAAGUCCAGGCAGAAGUGUGGCAGCUCCCCAGACCUCACUUUCUUCUCGACAAAACAAAAUGCUUCUCUCGGUGUUCAGUUUUAUUUUACUCUCUGUACUCUCUCGUGCGUCUGACACCGUGGCCCCCGUGCCACAGUCUCUCGGGUACAGUUCCUCGGUCCGCUCGGUGUGUAAACCCAUGCCGAGUACCCUGACUCUGUGCCACGGCAUCGGCUACAGACAAAUGAGGAUCCCCAACUUGCUCGGCCAUGACACUCUGAAGGAGGCCCAGCAGCAGUCGGCCGCCUGGCUGCCCCUCAUCUCCAAGCUGUGUCACCGGGACACUAAGAAAUUCCUGUGCUCCCUGUUCGCCCCGGUGUGUCUGCCGGAGCUCAGCGGGCCCGUCAGUCCGUGCAGGAGUCUGUGCGAGGCUGUGCGGGAUGGCUGCGUGCCCGUGAUGAGCGCCUUUGGUUUCCCCUGGCCAGAGAUGUUCAACUGCAGCCGGUUCCCGCGCGGGACCGGACUCUGUAUCGCUGCUACCGGAGAGCACGAGGGGAGGACAGCUGAAGAUAUCAGGCACGAGGAGGCGCUGAAAGGCAGUGUUAUCUGUGAUGCCUGCAGUCUGGCUGCUGAAGGAGAGGCUGACAUCCAGGAAAACUUCUGCAACAGCCCAUAUGCAUUCAAGAUGCGUCUGGGCAGUGUGUCGACAGUGGGAGGAGACCGUCAGCUGGUGCCUACUGCCCGCAGCCGCAUCCUGAGGUGGGCAGGGGGAGGUGCAGAGAGGGCAGAAGGGAUCGGCGGCGCAAUGGCCCAUAGUGCUUUGUGGCUUCAAGAGGGAGGCACAUGUACUUGUCCUGGUUUAGACUCUGCAGAGACAAACAAAGGCAGAGCGCUGGAAGAGGACCAGGUAGACAAGAGGCAAGGAAAAGAGGGAGGAAAGCAGGAGAAUGGGACCUCAGGUGGCUGGUUCCUUGCCCUAGCUCAGGCUGAAGAAGGACGACUUGUGCUGACUCGACUGGUGAGGUGGAGCAGAGGAGACAAAGAGCUGAAGAAGUUUAUCAGGGUUCUUCUUAAACAGACCUGUCCAGAGCUGUAGACAGGGUCUUCUCAAUUAUAAAAACACAAGUGGAACCGAGUAAACCACAUGAACACAAAUACAUUCUGAUUGAAUCCCAGUAAUAACAGCUUUCUUUGGUGCCAGUUUAGCUCAGUUGGUAGAGCGGGCACCCAUGUGCAGAGGCUACAGUCCUUGACACACUGGUUGUAGGUUUGAGUCCCAAUCCUGGUACAGUUUAGCGCAUGCUCUACCCCCUGCUCUCUAUCCCCAUGUCUCUCUUUGGCUGUCCUGUCUAAUAAAGGAAAACUUCCCCCAAAGUAGUCUGUAAAAAACUAAAUAAGAGCCACUUCACAAAUGGGAAAAAAUGGCAAGGUUUUAAUGAAAAAAUACAACUUCACAAAGGUGCAGAGGUUUGUAUGAACCCAACUUAUGCAGUUGUUUUUUAUUUUUGUACAUUUGUUAAUACAGGAGAAUCUGAUCUCAUUGCAAGUUUUCCAUCAAUAAGUCAUGUCUGAAUUGAAGUGUAACUGUUAUUGCCUUUGUUAGGUUAAAUGCUUUUGUUUGCUGCCUACAGUAUCUCUGUAUCAGUGGUUCCCAAACUUUUCAGCCUGUGACUCCAAAGAAAACUGCAAGAGACCAGGGACCCCCGCUGUCCCUGGAGCUGGUAAAAGAAUACAUGUUGCACAAAGCAUUAUGUACAAAUUUACAUUUUUGUCCACAUAACUUACAUUUAAGCAAAAUCCCACUUAAUAGCUAUAGUUUUAUUCUAAAUGUAGCUUAUUUUAAGGAUAUUUUACAAUAACUGAUAAGAUAUACUAGUUUAAAUCAUGUUAAAUGUCUAUACGAAUUUUUGGCAAACACCCUGCGACCCCUCCUUAGUGUGUCACAACCCCUCAAGGGGCCCCGACCCCAAUUUGGGAACCACUGCUCUAUAUAACUAUAUUUUACGCAUAUAAAAUUUUCUGUAUACCAUAAAUAUAAAAGGCCAGCAAGUUUUCCUUUGAAUCGUAUUUUGUGAAAUGUGAUGGAGAAAAUAAAUCUUUUGGAUCUGUUA